AGCAUUUCUGAGUUCCAUUUCAACUCUCUCUUCAAAUUUUUUUCAAGCAAUUUUAGUUUUCACAAAAUGGGUUUUCUGUUAGGAGCUAUUCGCAUCCGUUCAUCUCCCCUAUCUUCAUUUUCCAAUUUUACAAAUACAAAUUCUUUCCAGAAAUCAUCAAUAAUCUCAUUCCCAAAACAUGGGUUGUCUCCAAUAAGACGCAUGAUUCAAGCUUCACUUCACUCAAAAGGGGAAUCUGAAAUUGUGUUCAUGGGUACGGGAACUAGUGAAGGUAUCCCGCGUGUCAGCUGCCUCACUAACCCAGAGAAGAAGUGUCCGGUUUGUUCGAAAGCAGCAGAACCGGGGAAUAAGAAUAGGAGACUUAAUACAAGUAUUCUUAUUCGUUAUGCAACGGCUUCUGGAGUACGCAACAUUCUUGUAGAUGCUGGGAAGUUUUUCUAUCAUAGUGCCCUCAAAUACUUCCCUGCUUUCGGGCUAAGAACAAUUGAUGCGGUUAUUAUUACACAUUCUCAUGCUGAUGCAAUUGGAGGUCUUGAUGAUCUUCGAGAUUGGACAAACAAUGUCCAGCCCAGCAUUCCAAUAUAUGUGGCUAAUCGUGAUUUUGAGGUGAUGAAGAAGACUCAUUAUUAUUUAGUCGAUACAAGUGUGAUAAUACCUGGUGCUGCUGUCUCGGAACUGCAAUUCAAGAUCAUAGAAGAGGAACCAUUCAUUGUUGAGGACCUUAAGAUUACUCCAUUACCUGUAUGGCAUGGGAUUAAUUAUCGCUCCCUUGGUUUUCGCUUUGGUAAUGUUUGUUACAUCAGCGAUGUUAGUGAGAUACCUGAAGAAACAUACCCACUCCUAGAGGACUGUGAUCUUCUAAUCAUGGAUGCACUAAGGCCAGAUCGAUCUUCUUCAACUCAUUUCGGGCUACCAAAGGCAUUGGAGGAAGUUCGGAAAAUUAAACCCAAAAGAACACUUUUUACAGGUAUGAUGCAUCUAAUGGAUCAUGAGAUAGUGAAUGAAUACCUGGCAACGUUAAUGAACACUGAAGGUCUCGAUGUUCAACUAAGCUAUGACGGGCUCUCUGUUCCAGUUAAACUUUAAGCUUCUUAAGUAUACUACUGCUUCCCAUUUCUCUAUUUUUUCCCAGUUCAGUUCUGAUUUGAUGGGUUCAAAAAGUAUAAUGUUUUUAAGGCUCUCAUUUAUCUGCUAAAACAUACCAGUAAGAAUUUAGUAUAAGAAUUUUUGUUCCUGGAAGCUGUGCAUUGAAUAUGAAUGACAAAACCGCAUUGGG